AUCUCUAGAGAAACGUAGUUUUCACUCCAAAAAAAGAAAAAAAAAGUGAUAAGCAAAAAAAGUGAGGCAUUAAGUUUGUUAAUAGUAAAGAGCUUUUAAUUUAAAUCACAGUGAUAAAUUGUAAUUCACUGGCGGAGGUUGAGGCGGGACAUUCUUACUGGAAACUAGCCUGUUUCCGACACUGAAUAAAAAAUAAAAAAAGGAGGAGCUCUGGAGAUCCACGGCGGCGGAUUGUUCCCCAGUCAGCCGUGAUCAUUCAGAACAGACGGAUCUGAUUUUCGGUUCAGUCAGUGAUCUGUGCGUUUGUGUUUGAGAUGUUGGAUCAUCAGUGUGUGUCUCCAGUCAUCGAGGUCUUCAUUCCGUCUCUCAUGAGAGAAGUGGACGAGACUGGAAAGUUGCGCAAACUCUUCAGGUUGGAAAUUCUCUUCAAUGGAAGGAAACACUUUGUUCUGCGGCGAUACAGUGAAUUUCAGACACUUCACCGGAAGCUGAAAAAGAUUUUGCGAGCUCCCGAUUUUCCCAGUAAGAGAAAUCAGCAUUUGAGAACCAAACCACUGGAGCAAAGACGACAGGAACUUGAAGACUACAUCCAGGAAAUUCUAUAUCGAAAUGAUAUUGUCCCUCAAGAGCUCCUGGACUUCCUUCAGGUCAAACAUUUUCAUUCGGCGAGCAAGAACUGCAGCUCUGAUGAAAACCAGUCAGAUGACUGUCAAGAGCAUGGAUACAGAUUUCAGUUAUUCCAUCAGCGUGUAGUUGGGUUCUCUGAUGAUCCUUACCAGCUUGAAUCCAGAUCAGAUCUUCCUGAUAUCGUGGUGGCAGGCGUCUUGCAGGGUUUGUACCCCAGAGAUGUCAAAGUGAGUUUCAAAAAGACCUGCGGUAAACCCAGUGGCCUCACCUGUGCACCAGAGCUCCCAGUGCAUCCCAAAAUCCCCAUUAUUACCAUAAACAGAAGCAAUAUCAGCUCUCUGCCAGAGUCACACAGAAUAUGAGCGCAAUCACUGUUGCCUAGCAACUCCAUCUGCUUUAAAUGUGCCUUUGCAUGUUUAUAUCGACUGAAUCUUUCAUCUUUGGGUUUGUCAUAUUUCAUUAUGUGAAUCUCACAAAAACUGUCUGUAGUUUAAAAAAUAAGGACGAUUUUUAGGAGCCCUGCCAACCAUACUAUUCCAAAAAAAAAUUUACAUGUAAAUACAUUACAAGUGAAAAGAUUUUUUAUGUUUUUUCAUCAAGCCUGCAUUUAUUUGAUCCUAAAUACAGCGAAGCAGUAAUACUAUAAAAUAUUUUUACUAUUUAAAAUGACAUAAAAGUGAUGAUAAAGAGAUUUAUAAUGUUACAAAAGAUUUCUAUUUCAGAUAAAUGCUGUUCUUCUGAACUUAUUAUUCAUCAAAGAAACCUGAAAAAUUAUAUUCAGCUGUUUUAAACAUAAUAAUAAUAAAUGUUUUUUGAGCAGCAAAUCAGAAUAUUAGAAUGAUUUCUGAAGAAUCAUGUGAAUAGAGUUAAUGAUGCUAAAAAUUCAGCUUUGAAAUCACAGGAAUAAAUUACAUUUUGAAAUGUUUAAAUAGAAAAAAAAGUAAUUCACCAUAAUGCAUCUGCAGAGCUGUGAAUUAGUAAAAAUAUUUCAGAAUUUAACUGUUUUUGCUGUACUUUGAAUCCAAUAAAUGCAGAAGAGACAAAACUUUUGACUGGUAGUGUAUUUAUAUUACAACUGCAAUUAUACAUUAUUGCAAUAUGUUGUACUGAAUUUAAUUUAUUCAAAAAUAAUCAUUAGAAUAAGCAUAAUUCUUAUUGUCAUAAAAAUGGUAAUGGUCCUAAAAAUAAGACAUAAAAAUGGUUUUAUAUAUAUAUAUAUAUAUAUAUAUAUAUAUAAUAAAGAUUUUUAGGAACACUGGCAAUGCACUAAAGAUAUUUGAAGUAUAAAUGGAGUUUUACAAUAUCAUUGUAAUAUGUUGUGUUGAAUUUAAUUCAUAUUUUAAAGGUUUUUUGUGCAUAACUUUGAUUUGAUCUUUAUGAGCAUAAAAAUAAGACAUAAGACAUCUAUAUAUGAUUUUAUUUCAUUUAGCAUAUAUUUGUUAUGUCAGUAAUAAAGAAUAUUUUUAGAAACCUUGGCAAUACAGACACACUAUAUAUAUAAGUACAAAUGUCAUUGCAGUAUGUUGUACUAAAUGUUCUUUAAUUUCACCAUAUUAAAACCAAGUUUUGAGCUCAAUUUUCAUUUCUAUAAACAAAAGACCUAAUUUAAUGUAAGCUUUUUUUUGCAUUAAUUUGUUAUGCAUUCAUUUAAUAUUUUUCUGAAGUAUAUAUUUUGUCUUUCAAAUUUCAUUGUAAAAUAUAAACUGGACAAUUCUCCAUGAAAUUUACAUUUCAAAGUCAUUUUGUUUUACUGCGCCAAGAUAUUUACCUGUACUGUAAAACAACUUUUGCAUUUUUAU